GGGGGCUGCGGGGCCCCGCUGGUGAUCUCCCGGACGGACCCUGAGCUGGGAGCCAAAGGAUUUAAGCUGGAAGGAACCUUUCCACAGAAUGCCUUCUCCACCAAAGAGCGACCUAAAGGCAACAAAGAUGAGAGCCACACUAGGACUUUUGAAACCACUAACAUUUCAGUAGCUGGGAGCUUGUGGGUGACGUUUUCCCCUUCACCCCACCCACCACCUCUGCCUUGGGCCACGAUGGUGUAUUAAUCGCAGAAGAGUCAAGCUUUGUCCUUUAGUUUCGGUGGAUUGGGGUUUUGUAUGGCAGCAGCGUAACCGUGGAGAGGCCAGGGUAUCACAAACUUAUGGAUUUUGACAAGAGAGGAGGGAAAGGGGAGACGGAGGAAGGCAAAAGAAUGGCCAAGACAGGGGGGGGAAGGAGCACCCACCAUGGCUGUCGGAAUGCAGGGGCCAACUCGGGAGUCUUAAUGGUGGGCCCAAAUUUCCGGGUUGGGAAGAAGAUCGGAUGUGGCAAUUUCGGGGAGCUCCGACUAGGAAAGAAUCUCUAUACAAAUGAAUACGUAGCUAUCAAAUUGGAACCUAUAAAGUCCAGAGCCCCACAACUACAUUUGGAAUACCGGUUUUACAAACAACUGGGCAAUACAGGUAAGAUUGUGAACUCUGAGACAGAAUUCUCACAGGUACCAGGGGAAUCAAUGACGGUAUUGAAGAGGCAAUAUUCUAGUCUGAGAGGCAAGAGAUUGAGUGAGCAAUCCCAGCACACCUAUAUGAUCUUGGAAGGGAUUCCUCAGGUUUACUACUUUGGCCCUUGUGGGAAAUACAAUGCCAUGGUGCUGGAGUUGCUGGGACCCAGUCUGGAAGAUCUAUUUGACUUGUGUGACCGGACAUUCACCCUGAAAACUGUGCUGAUGAUUGCUAUCCAACUGAUCACACGGAUGGAAUAUGUCCACACCAAAAGCCUGAUAUACCGGGAUGUGAAGCCAGAGAACUUCUUGGUGGGCCGGCCAGGGACUAAGCGUCAACACACCAUUCACAUCAUUGACUUUGGCCUGGCCAAGGAAUAUAUUGAUCCCGAGACCAAAAAGCACAUCCCCUACCGCGAGCACAAGAGCCUGACAGGCACAGCACGCUAUAUGAGCAUCAACACGCACUUGGGGAAAGAGCAGAGUCGGCGGGAUGACCUAGAAGCACUAGGCCACAUGUUCAUGUACUUUCUUCGUGGGAGCCUCCCCUGGCAAGGUCUCAAGGCAGACACCCUGAAAGAAAGGUAUCAGAAGAUCGGAGACACUAAGAGAGCAACACCAAUUGAAGUCCUUUGUGAAAACUUCCCUGAGGAAAUGGCCACUUACCUGCGCUAUGUGCGACGGCUGGAUUUCUUUGAGAAGCCCGACUAUGACUAUCUGCGGAAACUCUUCACAGACCUGUUUGACCGCAAUGGAUUCGUGUUUGAUUAUGAAUACGACUGGGCUGGAAAAUCCCUGCCAACACCAAUUGGCACCGUCCACAGUGAAAUCAGUACCCAGCCACUCAACCGGGACAAGUCCCAGGUCUUCCCCAAACACCAGGUGAUGAGCUCCACCAACGGUGAACUCAACACUGAUGACCCCACGGCUGGCCAUUCCAACGCCCCCAUCACAGCCCCUGCCGAAGUAGAGGUGGCUGACGAGACAAAGUGCUGCUGUUUCUUCAAGAGGAGGAAGAGGAAAUCCACACAGCGGCACAAGUGAGCCUCUGGGGCCCAGGCGGACCGACUGGAGCUCUGUCGUCUCCACCCUUUCUGGCCCCAGAGAUCGCAGGUGGCCCCUGCCCGUGGCCCUGCCUCCUGCAGCCGGGCAAGGGGCCGCCAGGAGAGAGGCCGGGAACAGAGAGCCCAGGGAGAGGAAGGGGGACCACUAGCCCCAGCCCCCUCCCCCCUAGGCCCAGGAGUCACCUACUCCAAGCAAGACUUUGGCAGAAAUUCCUACAUCCGUGUCUCGUCCAGUCCACCUUGAGAGCGUUAACUAUUUAAAAACCACACACCGAGGAAGGCACCGAAGCCCACAGAGCAAGCACUUCCCCUCCCGCCCUUCCCCCUCACCUGUCAUUUUGAGACUCGCGUGCAUCAGGGAUCAGCCCCCCCACGCAGACCUUCCAUCUCCAUGUGCGCACUUAGGUCUAAGGUGAAGCCUGGGAGGCCCUCAGAUCUUCCUCCUCAGUUUGACCUUCACCACUUAGUGUUAUAAAAUCCAGCCUUUUUUUUUUUCCCUUUCAAAAAGGCCGUUUCAUCAUGGUAUGGGGAGGAGAGGAAGCUUCUUUGUUGUUGGGGAUUCCCCUGCCCCCUUUAUGUCUUUUGUGGGGGCUGGGCUAAGCCUUGUUCCCUGUGCACUUUGACCAUCCAGUGAUGGGGGGCCAGAAAGUGAGGAGGGAGAUGGGGGGGUGGAAAUUGAUAGCGCUCCCCCCCCCCAUGGGGCAGCUGGCAGCCUCAAACCAAAGGGAAGGGGGAGACCAGUCCCCACAGCUGGGAAAGUAAGAUGCCAUCCCAAGGCCUCAAACUACUCUGAAAAUUCUCUUUUUCCCCCCCAUCCCCAACUUCCUUUCUCCCCACUCUCCAAAUUGGAGCCAAAAAUGCUGCACCAAAGCCCUGGGGAAUUUGGGUCCCCCCUGGAAGGGUAGAUGGGGACCCCAGGGAUAGGGCUGCCUGCAGUAGCCAAGGUCCCCUCUCUCACACACUCCCCCCUUGGGGAAAGGCGAGCUCAGCCAGCUGUACCCCAAAAUGGUGGAGCGGCCAGGCGAGCAGCCAAGAGGGGUCUCCAAUGGGUACUCUGGCCCUCUUUAGUGGCCCUGGGACGAGGCCUAGGGCCCGAGACACCCUUGCCCUUAAUGCUGUCCCAAACCCUGACUCUCCCACCCCACCUUGCCAUCCAUCUUCCUAGUUACUAAAGGCUGUCCAGUGAUUCCAGGUCAGCCGUCCUCUUCCUCUCCCCCAGCCCCUGCCAGUGUCCUGGGGACAGCGGCUCCUUUGACCACCCCAUCCCCCAAGGUUGCUCUCUAAGAGCUGAUGAUGCGUACUGGGCCUUUCCCUUUCUCCCCAGCCAGCGCCAAGGACGACAAAACGCCUUAAGACCCCGGCACCCCUCGAAAGGGGGUCCGAGGAUGAGUAUGUGUGGCAGGGGAGAGGGGUGCACCGGUCACUGGUGGCCACGGCAAACAGACCCCAACCCAAGCGCCCUUUCACCUCCUCCUCCCCAAAGGAAACGGUCCAAGGGAGCAUCGGCCCAGUCUGUCCAUGAAUCUCUGCCUGUCAAGUAUCACUUCUUUUGGUCCAUGUGUCUGGCUUGGCUGAAAGCAGCAGCUUGAGGCUAGAAGACGCAUCCCUGUCACAGACCCGAGUCCCAACGUCAAGAUCGAUCGUACCUGUGCAGCUCCACGGCAGGCGAGCAAGCGUCCAUUGUGAGUUUAGUUACUGCUUUACAAAGUGUACAGAAAUGGCAUUUACAUUUCUCUGAUGCUUCCUGGAAGCCAUAGAAUUUAGGGGCUUUUUUAAAAAAAAUAAACAAAAAUGAAAAAGA